UUUGCUUUAUUUUUGCUAAUUUUUUUUUCUCUCAUUUUCUCACGACCCAAACACAUUGACAACUUUAGUACUUAACCAUACUGAAGACAGUCCUACUAAACGACAACUCUCCAACAAAACUACUAGUAAAAAUGGCGGGAGGCCAUUAAACCUCUCCCCAAGCUCCACCUGUGUUUCCAUGUUAACGCUCUUUUUCCUUACGUUACCCGAUAAACCCAAAAUUCCUCUUUUAUUCUUCCACUUACCUAAACCAGAAUCCCCAAAAGCCCCAACCUUUUUUCUCACCUUUGUUUUCACCUUUGGAAAGAAGAGAAAAAUGACCACCAAAAUCAUAGCUGAGUAUGCCAAGUCUGGCAGGUCCUCUUGCAAGAAAUGUGGCAAAGCCAUAACGGCUCAGGCCUUGAGGUUGGGGCUUGUUACCAGAGAUGCUAGACGCUUUGACAUGACCAAAUGGCAUCACUUGCAUUGCUUUCCUGAAAAGAUUGAUUCCCUUGAUGUAAUUAAGGGCUUUGAUUUGCUCAAGGGUGCUGACCAGGAAGCUUUGAAGAAAUUUGCAGAUGAGUCUGAUAAGUCGCCAAAGCGGUUGCAGGGAAAAAAUGAUGAAGAAGAAAGAGAACAGGAAGAAGAAGAAAUUGAAAUGGAGAAAAGCAAUUCAAAGAAAAUUAAGAUGUCAGCACCUAAUGAGAAAGAUGAGUUGGACAUAGCCUUUUCUGUCUCGGAUGUCAAGGAUAAGUAUAAGGAUGCUGCAUUAGAACCAAAAUGGAAGGCAUUCCAGACAAUCAUAUUUCUUGAGCGGGAUGAUGGUCUUCAUGAUUCGGGUAAAGUUGCUGCUUUUGAUUUUGAUGGUUGUCUGGCUAAAACAUCUGUUAAAAGAGUAGGUGCAAAUGCUUGGUCCCUUAUGUAUCCUUCAAUACCACAGAAGCUGCAGAGUCUUUAUAAAGAGGGCUAUAAACUGGUAAUCUUUACUAAUGAAUCCAAUAUUGAUCGCUGGAAGAAUAAAAGGCAGGUAGCUGUGGACUCAAAGAUUGGACGUCUCAACAAUUUCAUCAAGCAAGUAAAGGUUCCAAUGCAGGUUUUUAUAGCAUGUGGGAUAGGUAGUGCUGGCAGUAAAGCAGAUGAUCCUUUCCGCAAACCUAAUCCUGGGAUGUGGCACAUUAUGGAGAAACAUUUCAACUCUGGCAUUCCAAUUGAUGUGGAACAAUCUUUUUAUGUUGGUGAUGCUGCUGGGAGACCUAAUGAUCAUAGUGAUGCUGAUAUAAAAUUUGCACAGGCGAUAGGAUUGAAAUUUUAUGUUCCCGAGGACUAUUUCAGCACUUGAGUGAAUUUGGUUCGCAGUUGCUCAUGCACUAUCACUGACUGGCAUGUAGUUAUGUAUUAGUUUUAAGCUAUACUCAUCUUGUCUGAUGGAUCUUUUUAGCGGCAAUGUCUGGAUACACAUUGGAGAUUAUUAUGCUUUAGAUUGAGUUUGUACAGGAAACUACUUGUAUAUGAAUUGCAUACAGGGUAAAGCCUCCGAUGGAACCAAACUAUGACUCUUUCCA